AUGGCUCUCCAGAUUUUAGCCCUUCUGACCAUGCAAUACACAGUUACCCAAUCCGACGAUGAAACGAAAUGUUUUCAACCAACAAAAGAGGAAAUGACGUUUCUUUGUCCAGUCGAUUACUACCAACGAGGUGGUUUCGAAAUGUCGAUGACACGUACAAACGAAGUCACUAUUCAGUGUGCCCAUUUGGAAAAAUUUAAAGUCAACAGAAUGCCGAAAAUUCAACUGCAAAAAAUCAACCUUUUGACGUUUAAAUCGUGUCCGUCGCCUGAAAACGGUUUUCAAGCGGUGUUAGAUUGGUUUUCGACGACGAAGCUAAUAGUACUCGAAAUUGAAUAUCAAGUUAAUCCUGAAAAGUUGACAAAGGAAGUGUUUCAAAAUCUUCAGUUCUUGAGAUACUUGAAACUGGGAAACAAUAGAUUUAACGUGUUAGAGGAAGACAUUUUUACAAAUACCCCGAAUUUAUUCGCACUGGAAUUACGACACAAUAAUCUAACACAACUGAGUACAAAGCUGUUUGAAGAAUUACGCGUUUUGGAAUGGUUGGAUCUGGCAGAUAAUAGAAUAGAAAAGAUACCUUGCGGUUUAUUUCGUUCUCUCAAAAAAUUACAAUAUUUGCAUUUGUGGGGCAAUAACAUUAAGUUUAUAGACAAAUGCUCUUUUCAACGACUUUCUGAUUUGGAGUUUCUAGACUUAAGUGGCAACGAAAUAGAAGCACUUUCUGACAAUGUGUUCAAAGAUUUACGACAACUGAUGAAUCUAAGUUUAGCAGGAAAUAAAAUUAAUGCUAUUUCAUCAAAUAUGUUCAGAUUUUCUGCAAACCUGCACUCUGUUAUAUUAAGAAAUAAUCCUAACCUUAUUGUCGGCGAAUACUUGUUUUCUAAUUUCAGUUUUUUGCAAGAAGUAGAUAUGUCGAAUUGCAAUUUGGGAAAUAUUUCUGAAAACAUUUUUGAAAAUUCAAGAAAGAUGAGAAUUGUCGAUCUGAGAAAUAAUAAUCUGAGGGAAAUUCCGCAAAACUUGUUCCGAGAUCUUUUUUUGUUAGAAACAAUUGAUAUCUCUCACAAUCGAAUCAAGGGCGUUGAAAAUACGUUCACUUCUUUAAUAAAAUUAAAAAUCCUUUUUUUGCAACACAACGUCAUUGAAAAUAUUACUGAAAAUACGUUUUCUGAUUUGGUUCGUCUUGAAGAAUUGAAUCUUGAGCAGAAUAAAAUUAAAUAUAUAAAUCCAAUGGCUUUUUAUAACAAUGGUUACUUGAGAAUAAUUAAUUUGUCAAGAAAUUUGUAUUCUGGAGAAGACACUAUACUCAAGGAUUUGGUGUAUCUGGAAGCAGUAGAUUUCAGUUAUAAUUUUAUAGAUCAAAUUGAAAAAGUUAUAACACUGGAUAACAAAGUAAUGCUGGAAACUUUAAACUUAAGAGGAAAUUUCAUCACUAAGGUCACGCUCAGUUACUUGGAAGGUCCUGGAGGAGUGGAUAUAGAUCUAACAUUUAACAAUAUAACUGUAGUCAGCUUCAAGAAUAUCGAUCGUGAGAAUGGUACUAAUAAUUCCAUACUUCGUCUAGGGCAUAAUCCCCUUCAUUGUGACUGUCACAAUUACGACUUAUUCAAAUAUUUUAAUGGUGAAGUGUCAGAUAAGGUGUUGAUGAAGUUUGACAUUAGAACUGAAAACGUGGCAUGUGCUACACCUAAAAUACUCAGAAAAAAAACUCCAAAAGUUUUAAAAUUGUGGUCUUUGGUCUGUCCGCUUGAAAACCUUACUAGAAAAACAGGUUGUCCUAAAAUUUGUCAGUGCAGUUGGAGACCAAUCGACGGAUCAGUUAUUAUAGACUGUGCUAACAGAAAUUUGACAAAGUUUCCCAAAAUUGUGACGAAUAGUUUCAGGUGGAUUAAUUUCAGUAAUAUCGAAAUAAAUGUGACAAAUAACAACAUAGUUUUGAUAAAUCUGACCAAAUACGAUGAGAUCACUAAACUUUACAUGUCCCACAAUAAACUCAAAACCAUUGCUGGAAUACCCAGGAGAUUAAAAGUUUUAGAACUUGAUCAUAACGAUUUGUCAGCGCUAAGUUCUGAUGUUCUCCGUACUUUGGACACAUCUCAUUUAGUUAACGUCAGUUUGAAACACAACCCUUGGAUUUGUACCUGUGGUUCUGAAGUUUUGACAAAUUUCGUUCGAAAGCACGCAAAAAUCAUGGAUUUCAAGCAAAUUUAUUGUGUCAACAGUACGAUUCUUCUUGUUAGUUUAAACCAGAACGACCUUUGCAAAGAUAUUACCCUAAUCGUUACUGUUGUCGUAAUAUCCCUUUUGUUAUUGCCAGCAGUAUUCUCUGCCUUAUUUUACAAAUUUCAACAACCAAUAAAAGUUUGGAUGUUUUCUAAAAACUUAUGCUUGUGGUGGGUUGCAGAAGAAGAUUUAGACAGGAAUAAAGUUUUCGAUGCUUUCAUCUCCUACUCCUCCAAAGACGUAGAUUUUAUUGUAGAAACUUUAAUACCAGAGUUAGAGAAAGGACCAGAAGAUUAUAAACUUUGUGUAGAUUUCCGCAACUGGACUCCUGGAGAAUUGAUUAGUUCAAAUAUAGUCAAAUCUAUAAAUGAAUCGAAACGAACGAUUAUUAUUCUUUCGCAGAAUUUCUUGGAGAGUGUUUGGGGACUUUCUGAAUUUAAACAAGCGCAUGCUGAAGCAAUGGCCGCUGGACGAUGUAUAGUGAUUAUAAUUAUUUAUGGCAAUACAGAUGUGGGACAAAUAGAAGACGAAGAAUUAAAAUUAUAUUUAAAGACGAAUACGUAUUUAACGUGGGGGGAACCUUACUUUUGGGCCAAAUUACGAUACGCUCUACCACAUAAAAAUAAUAAUCGUUAG